AUGUAAGGAAAUUAAUCAUGUUAAAAAGACUAUAAAGAAGAAAACAAAUUAAUAAAGUAAAAACUUUUAGAAUAUUGGGUUAAACUUUAAAAAGCCUUUGAUGAAGAUUAUGAAGAGAUUUUAAAAUUAGGUUAAGAAUCUGAUUCAAAUGAUAUAAUAAAUGCAUUAUUUAUAAUUGAAGAUGCAAGAUAAGAAUAAUAAAAGGUGUAAAAUUCUUUGAUAAACUUAGUUAGAUAAGUAAUAUUUAGAAGUUUUGACAACAGAAGUAUAAUAAUAAAAAGAAAAGAUAAUCGAAUUAGAAUAAUAAAAUUAAAACUUAUCCAAGUGUAGUAAUAAUGCAGAUUUUCAAUAAAUAAUAAGAUAAUUAGAAAUAAAAAUAAAUGAGCUAUCUUUAGCUUUAGUUUAAUGUAAAGAGGAUAAAAUAAUAUUCAUGGAAUAAGCUUAAAAAGAAAUCUAGUAUUUAAAAGAAUAAGAAUUAGAAUUAAAGAGUAAAAUUUAAAUGCUUUAAUAUGGAUAAUAAAAAAAGUCAUCGUUUUUAGAAAAUGAGGAUGAUUAAAAAAGAUUAUCAAAAGAUUUUACAGAUGAUGAUAUUCCACGUUAAUCAAUUUCUCCAUAAAUAUAAAAAGUAAAAUUGGAUUACUCAAAAUUGUGUUAAGGUUAAAAUUUUAAGAAAUUAACAAAAAUAGAAUAAGUUUAAGGAAUAUCUCAAACAUCAUUUAAGUUUGGAAAUAAAUGA